AUGAAUAUAACUUCUUGUGUCAGUUUCAGCUUUGAACAUAAGUUCCUGCCUCCUGUUUACAUCUUAGUAUUCAUCAUUGGCCUGGUAGCUAAUGGUUGGGGAUUUAAGUCUUUACUCCACAACUGGAAGAAACUGGGUAACGUCAAUGUUUUUGUUCUCAACCUCGGACUUGCAGAUAUUUUGUAUCUGCUCACACUCCCUUUUCUGAUGGUGUACUACUUUAAGAAGAGUAAAUGGAUCUUUGGAGAUACAUUCUGCAAGAUAACAAGAUUCUGCUUCAACCUGAAUUUAUAUGGCAGCAUCGGGUUCCUCACCUGUAUAAGUGUGUACAGGUACCUGGCCAUUGCCCAUCCAAUGAGAGUGAUGGGAAGAAUAACUGUCACUCAUUCUGUGGCUGUCUCUGUCAUGGUUUGGUGCUUAGUGAGCGUUCAAAGUCUUCCAGGGAUUUUCUACCCCAAAACAUUUGGAAACACCACUGGGAAAUGUUACGAUACAACUCACAAGAGCCGUGUUGAGGAUUACCUGAAAUACAGCUUUGGACGGACACUCACUGGGUUUUGUGUCCCAUUCCUCAUCACACUGGGCUGCUAUGGACAUGUGAUUGUCGUUCUUUGCCGCACAAAUUCCACUGACAAGAACCUGAACCUCUUAGUAAGAGUUCUGUCCAAACAGGGAAUAUGCCAUCGAUGGUUUAAUGGAGUCUACAUUGCUCAUCAGAUAAGUCGUGGACUUGUGUGUCUGAACAGUGCUCUCAACCCUCUGGUUUACCUCCAUGGAAAUGAAGAUAUUUCUGCUCAGCUCAGACGUCUACUCCAGCAAGCUCGUCAGACGUUCAGUUAUGUGUUUUUUUCUAUCUCCGGCCAUGUGCCUGUGGUACAAACUGCAGAUGAAGAUUAACAAGAGUUGAAAGUUUAAAAUUAACUGUUUGUAUACCAACAGCUCAAACUAAAGUUCUUGCUGUACAUAAUUUUUUUUCUUUGCGUUAGUCACAGUGCUGUCACCACAGGUUGACCAAUAAACAGGAAA